AUGGGUGUCAAUGGCCUGUGGCAGGUGCUGCAGCCCUGUGCGCGGCCGACCAACUUGGCCACGCUCAACCGCAAGCGCCUGGCCGUCGAUGCCUCCAUCUGGAUCUACCAGUUUCUCAAGGCCGUCCGCGACAAGGAGGGCAACGCCUUACGCAACGCCCAUGUCGUCGGCUUCUUCCGCCGCAUCUGCAAACUGCUGUGGUUCGGCAUCCUGCCCGUGUUUGUCUUUGAUGGCGGUGCUCCCACGCUGAAGCGCGCCACGCUGCAGGCUCGACGCCGCCGCCGUGAAGGCCGCCGCGACGAUGCCGUGCGCACCGCCGGCAAGCUUUUGGCCGUGCAGAUGCACCGUCUUGCCGAAGAAGAAGAAGAGAAGCGGAAGAGGCGGGACCAGGAACUGCGCGAGGGCGGCCCGGGCGGUCCCAGCGACGUCGCGGCUCCCGACAGCAGCGGUGUCGUGGAGGGCGAGGUGCUGCCCUCGGCCGACAAGAUGGUCUAUGCCGAGGAGGCGCACAUGACACAGCAAGAGCGGCUACGGAGCCGCAAGUUCACCAAGAAGGACGCCUACCACCUGCCCGAGCUCGAGCACGGCUCCAUCGAGGGCAUGGGCCGCGCCGAGGACCCGCGGAUCAUGAGCAUCGAGGAGCUCGAGUCGUAUGCGCGGCAGUUUGACAACGGCGAGGACAUCAACCUCUACGACUUUUCGAAAAUCGACUUUGACGGCGAUUUCUUCAAGAGCCUGCCGCCGCCCGACCGCUACAACAUUCUCAACGCCGCGCGCAUUCGCAGCCGGCUGCGUCUGGGCCUCAGCAAGGAGCAGCUCGACACCAUGUUCCCCGACCGCAUGGCCUUUUCGCGCUUCCAAAUCGAGCGUGUGCGCGAGCGCAACCAUCUCACGCAGCGGCUCAUGUUGGAAGUGGGCAUGACGGGCCUCGACCUGACCAUGGGUGUCAACGGGCGCGUGGCCGGCGAGCGCGGCCGCGAGUACAUUCUCGUCAAGAACGACGGCGCCGAAGGCGGCUGGGCCCUGGGCGUUGUCAGUCGGGAGAAAGACCUGGGCGAAGUGCACAAGCCUAUUGAUGUGGACGCUCUGCACUUCAGCUACCAGGGUGACAACGACGGAGGCGCCGAGGCGGACGAGGACGAGGACAUGGAGUUUGAGGACGUGCCCAUUGAGGGGCUGAACCGCCUCCCCAAGCUCCCCUCUCGUCCGGCCGCCGGCAACCGUGCUCUUGGCGCGGACGAAGACGUGGACGACGAUUCGUUGUUUGUCCAAAGUCAUGAGCCACUCGACGAACCACCGCAGGCCGACAACGCUCUAGAAGCAGACGAAGACGAAGACCUGAGCCGCGCCAUUGCUAUGUCUUUGCAGAACCAGCAUGGUGUUGGUGCAGAGUCUGAUGGUGGGGACGGCCAGAGUGAGGACGUGGUGGAUGAGCCGGAGAGGACGGCUCCGCAAUGGCAGCAAAAGGCAGCUGAAGCGGCACGGCCCAUUUUCGGUUCGACUGGCCAAAUGGUUGCCCAUGUCGUAAAUAAUCGAUCGAACGCCGUAGUAUCCGGGUCUGCCACAGCGGCGGCACAGGCACGGGAGACAGCAGCUGCCAAUGAUUUGGACGACGACGACAGCAGCGGGAGCGAACUUGAUAUCCGGGCCGCCUUGGCCAAGGCAGCGAAGAAAAAGAAGUCCGUACCCGUUGAGAAUUCUGGUUCGUCCCGUCCCAUCCAGCCUCAGAAAAGGAACGCUUUUGACGGCCCUCUGCCCUUUGAGAAGCUCAACUGGCAGACGUCCAUCUUUGAGAAGAAACCAACAGCACCACCGCCGGAACGCACAAAGCCCAGGACGUCAGCUGCAGCACAAUCAGAGGAGGUGCACAUGGCUUCGCCUUUUGCUGCAUCAGCCAAGGCGAACGCAGCCGCGACUGCUGCUGCCGUUGCGGCUGCAAAUGCCGCCGAAUCCGGUGCCUUCGAGGUAGACUCGGAGGACGAAGUUGGCGGUGGAUUUGAGCGGGAGCCUAGUGGCUCCGAGUCCGAGGCAGGCGGAUCAGACGGUGUGCAAGGGGGGAAUGCUGAUAUCGACGGCGGGCCCGAUAAGGUCCGUGACGAAACGGCCCCUCAGCCUCUGCCGCCGUGGAUGCUACACGACGCGGACAUUCGCACGUCCAUGCUACAACAGCAGCUCUACGACGACGAGAUCAAUGCCGAAGACCGGGAGAUGGCCCUCGAAGAAGCCAAGAUCUGGCAGCGCAUGGAGGAGAAGCGCAUCGUCGAGAUUGACUCGUCGAGCGACGACGGCAGCGAUAUCGAAGUGCUGGAUGUGCCGCCACCGCCAAAGAAUGAAAACCUAGCAAACGAUAGUGUUCAGGAUGGGAUGUCACAAGCGGAUAACAGGGACCCUGUCGCUAUUGAAGGUGAUACUGCUGGGAGCGAGCAAAAGCCACCAACCGCACGACCAACUACUGAACCCCUCACAGAAACAAGACAGUCGUCUCCGGAAGUUGAAUUCGAAGACGUCAAGAUCCCAGAACAGCCCACAAUAUUUGAGGAAGAGCAAGCGGUCCUAGAACAGGGAGAGCCGAUGUUGCAACUUGGUGAGGUUCCAGACGCUCCCAAGGAAGAAGAAAGGCUGGACGACGAGCUAUUUACAGGAGAUGGCGGCGGCGGCACAGAGGAUGCCUACGAGAUCAGCGAUCCGGAAGACGAGGAGCUGCUCGUGCAGAUGGCGGAAGAAGUCGAAGAACACGCGCGCUUUGCCAGCACCCUCAACCACAACAACAACAACAACAGUACCGCCGACGCCCAGCAGGCCUACGAACAGGAGCUCAAGGCCCUGCGCAACCAGCAAAAGAAGGACCGCCGCGACGCAGACGAGGUCACACAAGUCAUGGUGUCCGAGUGCCAGGCCCUACUGCGGCUCUUUGGCAUUCCAUACAUCACGGCGCCCAUGGAGGCGGAAGCGCAGUGCGCCGAGCUCGUGUCGCUGGGGCUCGUCGACGGCAUUGUCACGGACGACUCGGACACGUUUCUGUUCGGAGGCACGCGCGUCUACAAGAACAUGUUCAACGGCAACAAGUUUGUGGAAUGCUACAUCGGCGCCGACCUCGAGCGCGAGAUGUCCCUGUCGCGCGAGAAGCUCAUCGCCAUUGCCCAGCUGCUCGGCUCCGACUACACGGACGGCAUCCCCGGCAUCGGCCCUGUGACAGCCAUGGAGAUCAUCUCCGAGUUCCCCGGCGCCGACGGUCUCGAGCAGUUCCGCGCGUGGUGGCAAGACGUGCAGUCACACAACCGGCCCAAAGAAGCCGACGCCGCGUCGUCGUUCCGGCGCAAGUUCCGCAAGUCGCAGGCCACGAAGCUGUUUUUGCCGCUCGGGUUUCCCAGCCCAGCCGUGGUCGACGCCUAUCUGCAUCCCGAGGUGGACCACAGCGCCGAGCCGUUCCAGUGGGGUGUGCCGGACCUCGACGGCCUGCGCAGUUUCCUGAUGGCCACGAUCGGCUGGAGCCAAGAGCGCACGGACGAGGUCCUGGUGCCCGUGAUCCGCGACAUGAACCGCCGCGAGACGGAGGGCACGCAGAGCAACAUUACGCGCUACUUCUCGGGCGCUGUCGGCGCAGGCGCGCGGCUGACCGAGGCACAAGUGCGCGAGCAGCAGGAAAAGCAGCAGCGCCUGCAGCAGCAGCAGCUGGCCAACAUCCCCGAGGAGUAUGCGCCGCGCCACGCGCCCCGCAACAAGAACACGGCCAGCAGCCGCCGCCUCGCCGCCGCCGUCAGCAGGCUCAAGGCCAACACGACGGCCGUCGAGUCUGAUAGCACAACCUCAGAGCCGGUCGUGCCAACGUCCAAACCAUCUGCCGGCCGGAAGCGCAAGGGACGAACCUCGGCUGCAUUGCUUGAGGAAGACGACGAGGACAUCUUGGACGAGGGCGUUGAUGCCGAUAUGGACGAGAACGAUACGGCGCCGAGAACGACUCGACGACGUGGCGGGAAGAAUCAAAAGCUUCAUGAGUAG